AUGACAACUCCACCCCGUCCAGGUGUAUUGCUCUUAACUUCAAUAAACCAACACGUCUUAAUUCGAUUCCACGACUAUACGCCAACGACGGAGAAUAUCACAGAAGCUUACGAUGAUGUUAUAUUCUAUUUAGAAGACACUCCGUCUUAUAUAUCUUCGCCCACAGAAGCAGCGACUGAAAUAUUAUUCAUUCCCGGGCGCCCCCUGGGGUUCUCUGUCGAUGCGUUCUUUAUGAAGAAUGACGCUUUCUCUCAAUUUCUCUUCUUUUUGAAGAGUCUUGGAGUGUCUUUGGCAAAUGGCAUUAUACAGACAACAGCAGCACAGUCGAUGUUCAAAUUGGAUGUCGAGAGAUAUAUAAGAAACCUCGACUUGAAUGUGUAUAUUGAUAAGAGAGUUGAUUGGAUUCAAAGCAACGGACUUACAUUACUCAGUCAAGUGUCGGUGAUCCCACAGAGCGAUGGCAUUGAUGAUAAAAUGAAGAAUUCGAUAUUAUAUAAAGGCAUUGAGGAUGAUAUUCGUGGGAAAGUUUGGAUGCGAUUAUUACAAGUGUCCGAUGAUGAGACGGAAUUUAAGAACAUCUUAGAACAAGUCAACCACAUCACACAGAACCAAUUAAAGAGAUCCAGAGAGCUUCGGAAGAAUUUUGAACAAAUAGAGAAGGAUGUUGGGCGCACACCAAUUGAGGGGGAGUUAUUGACUAACACCAAAAAGUCGAUAGAAGAGAUUAAAAAUGAGUUGCGGGUGUUAAUGAAGUGUUGGGUAGUCUAUUACCAAGACUGUGGAUAUCAACAAGGACAGAGUGAUGUGAUGGUUGGUAUAAUGGAAGAGGUUGAGAGUAUGUGUGGGCGGUUUUAUGUGUUUGAAAGAGUGAUGGAGAUAUUGAAGAGUGUGUAUAUAGUUCCCAUUGACAUUAAUAAUAUCAUGGCUGUCUUAAUGGAAGUCUUAGAUGAUGAUGUAUAUUGUUAUAUGAAAAUGAAGAAGAUAGGAUAUUCCUUUGUCUACAAGUGGAUUGUCUUAUUAUUUCGACGCGACUUCACACCCAAAAAGUGUAAAAGAAUAUGGGACGCAAUCUUUGCAUUCAAAGAGAAGAAGUUAGUCUUUUUCAUCGCAGCUGUGAUGAUCAUCCAUAACAAGAGGAUUAUUCUUGACAACAGAUUUGAACUCGACUCACUCGCAAUAUUCUUCCAAGAGCUUGAAAAUCACUUCGAUGAUGGUGUCGUCUAUGACGCAGAUAUCGCGUAUUAUACCUUCAUGGAAAAGGCAACCCCCGACCAGAAAAAGUACUUUGACAAGUUGUAA